AUGCGGUCCAAAAGCAGCGGGGUCGAGAGCCCGGCCAACGGGGUGCUUGCGGUUCCACAGGACAACCAUCAUGACGUCGGCCAAGAACAGGAAGUCGAUUUGCCAGUGAAGAGCCUGAAGACCAAAGAGAAGCUCCUGCAGGAUUCCUCUGAGGCAGGAGACAAACAAAGAGACAUCAUGGAUCUGUCCAAAGAGGAUCUGCUUAAACUGCUGGGGAUCAUGGAGGGAGAGGUUCAGGCCAGAGAGGACGUCAUCAGCAUGUUGAAGUCCAAACAGUCUGUGCCAGCGGGCCUUGAAUCACGCUAUGGCUCCGCAGCCCCCAACUCGGCCCUCCAGGCCCUGCAGAGAGACAGCUUCAUCACUGGCACAGAAGCUCACAACCACAGUGUCAACCAAAAGCCUAUUGCUGAGCUGGAGCGUCUGCAGGAGAAGCACAGGGACACGUACCGGCGGAUGCUUGGUCAGCUGCUGCUCGCCGAAAAGUGCCACCGCCGCACCGUCCACGAGCUGGACACGGAGAAGCGCAAACACGUGGACUACAUGAACAAGAGUGACGACUUCACCAACCUCCUGGAGCAGGAGAGAGAACGACUGAAGAGGUUGCUUGAGAACGAAAAAGCCUAUCAGUUAAAAAAGGAGAAGGAGCACACGAAACGUCUGGCCAAAGUGCGAGAGGAGCUGGUCAAGCUCAAGUCCUUUGCCCUGAUGUUGGUCAAUGAACGCCAACAGCACCUGGAACAAAUGGACCAACAGAAUCAGCGGGUCCAAGAACUCAGCCAGCAGCUGCAGCAGCAGGAGCAGGCACUGACUGAAGCCCGAGAGCACGCUCAGGAGGAUGGUUAUAGGGUACAGAGCCUGGAGGCUGAACUGAAAGAGAAAUCUGCCAAGCUCACCCAACAACACGAGGAGAUGAGUGCCAAGCUGGCCAGUCAGGAGCAUCACAGCCGUCAGCUAAAUGCCAAAAUUUUGGGUCUUACACAUAAAGUAGAGGAGCUGGAGGAGAGCAACAGGGCCUUGAAGAAGUCUGAGGAAGAACUGCAGGAGCUCAGGGAGAAGAUCACUAAAGGGGAGUGUGGCAACUCCAACUUGAUUGCCGAGUUGGAGAACUUGCGAAAGCAGGUGCUGGAAAUGGAGGGAAAGGAUGAGGAGAUUACCAAGGCUGAAAAUCAGUGCAAGGAGCUGAGAAAGAGGCUACAAGAAGAGGACAGUAAAAGUAAAGACCUCAGACUAGAAGUGGAGAAGCUCCAGAAAAGAAUGGUAGAGUUGGAGAAACUUGAGGGUGCAUUCAGUGUUAGCAAGUCUGAGUGUGCACAGUUACACAAUGCCUUAGAGAGAGAGAAGGGCCUGACCAAAGAGCUUUCAGAUGAAGUUGUAGCACUCAGGAUCCGUAUGAAAGAGCUUGAGUCCUCUGAACUGAAGUUGGAAAAGUCUGAACUGAGUCUUAAGGACGAUUUGAGUAAGCUUAAGUCAUUGACAGUUGCUUUGAUGGAAGAACGCAAGACCUUGAUUGACAAAAUAAAGUCAGAUGAGAAGAAACAUGAGGAUUUGAGUACAAUGGUCAAAGGUGAGCAGGGAAAAGUUAUGGAAGUGACUGAGAAACUGAUAGAAGAAAGCAAAAAGCUCUUAAAGUUAAAAUCAGAGAUGGAAACCAAAGUAGAAAGUCUAAUCAUAGAAAAGGGGGAGCUCAGCAACAAACUAGCCUAUGAAAUAGAUAAAUCUAAGGAUCUUAAUGCUAAAGUUUGUCAAAUGAAACGGAGGUUGGAUGGUUUUGAGCAAGGAGAAAAGCUAUCCAUGAAGAACUCAGUGAAAUGUGAAGUGGGGAGAAUGCCUGACCCCGGACAAAGAGAAGACAACAAAAUUAAGGAACUGACUUUUGAAAUUGAGCGUCUAAAAAAUCGUCUCAAACAACUUGAAGUAGUGGAGGGAGAUUUGAUCAAGACAGAGGACCAGUAUGACAUGCUGGAGAAAAGGUUCAUGACUGAACAGGAUAAAGCCAACAUUCUUUCCCGGCAGGUGGAGGAAAUGAGGACUCAGAUAGCGCGGAACAAAGCCAUUGAGAAAGGAGAAGAAGAAAGCCAGGAAGAGGACAUCAGACAAAGAUGCAAAAAAGAGGAGGCCAAAACCAGAGAACUGCACGCUGAUGUAGUUGCCCUCAAAGAGAAGAUCCAUGAACUAAUGCACAAAGAAGACCAGCUCUCUCAGCUGCAAGUGGACUACUCCAUCUUGCAGCAAAGGUUCUUGGAAGAGGAAGAGAAAGCAAAGAAUAUGGGAACUGAAGUUUUUCACCUCUCCAAAGAGCUGGAGGUAGCUAAACGCCAUAGUCGAGCAUUGAGGCCCAGCUUGAAUGGGAGGAGAAUGGUGGACGUAGCUGUGACAUCCAAAGGAGUACAGACAGAGGCGUCAGCCACUGGGUCAGCAGAGGAGGAUACCACAGCUGUGUUUAUCAGGAAGUCUGUUCAAGAAGAAAAUCACAUAAUGAACAAUUUCAGACAAAGGUGUCUGAAGAAACCAACAGAAAAGACUGUUGAGCGAUGUCCUUCAUCUGGCAGUGACCUCGGCAUGAAGAAAUCCUGGAUUCCCUGGAUGAGGAAAAAGGACAGCACCCCUCAAGAGACCAACUUAGAAAAACCUCUGCACAUGAAUGGAAAUCAUUUGCCCUCUGAACUGACUAUGUCCCCAAAGCAGGGGCAACCAUUACACAUUAGAGUAACACCAGACCAUCAAAACAACAUGGCCACUCUGGAGAUCAGCAGCCCUACUACUGAAGAUGUUUUCUCGAGCUCAGUUCCCCUCAGCCCCAACCCAUCUCAACCAAAAUCCAGAAUCACAAUCAUUCCCACCUACUCAAACCCCAAGAGAAAGACCACCACUGUACCUCAGGGCCCUGCGAGAGCAAAGUCUCCAGUCACCAUCACAGCUAUGUCUAGAGCCAAAUCUCCAGAAAGUAACCGAAUCUCCUCCUCAGGGCGGCCCCUGUCCCCGGUCUCUAUUAUGACAGUCAGCACUGCUGUAGUGCCUGAAGCAUCUGCUUCCCCAGAGCCCCAGGAGAUGACAAUGGGCCGAGCUGUCUUCAAGGUUACCCCAGAAAAGCAGAUGGUCCCUGUGCCUAUACGGAAGGGCCACAACAACACCAGCAUCAUCACUACCAGUGAGGAUAACAAGAUCCAUAUUCAUCUAGGCAGUGGAAUCACCCCGAAGAUGGUAGUGAGGCCAGUGACUGGCGCGACAGAGAGCAAGGAAAUGACUUUAUCCACUGGGACAGUUUUGCGCUCCCCCCGUCAAAUUACCACCACUGCUACCAGGAGCACACAGAGCAAAGUGAUGAGCAGUAUCACAAUUUCCCCGGUUACAUCCACUACAUCCAGACCCACGCAAACCAUGACUGGGAACGAUGCCCAGCCGACUCGAACAGGGCUGACCCGCAUCCCAAUGUCCAAGAGCCUGAAGACGGGAAAAGCUGUGCUGGGAUCCCUGGGGAUCUCAGGUGGCGUGAAGAUGGAGUCGCGAGCUGAGACUCAGUCUAUGAGGAUAGAAGUGAAGAAAUCCACUGUGAACAGCAGUGCUUUACAAAGUGGUGGAAAAGCCUGAUAAACAUAAUUGAUCAGUAUCUAAAUUAUGCAGCUACAGAGGGAUUAAGACAACUGUGCGACUCAGUAUUUUUUGUAAGUAAGCCAUUUAUUUUUGUAAAGUAUUUGUACUUGUUUAUCCAAUCUAUUUUUGCCACAUACACUGAUUUAUAAUCUUUCUAUUUACACUGUGUGCAUUUGUGUGAAAUAUCAUAAAAGACUGUGUUGCCACUAACUGCUUCUUGCUUUGAGUGGUUGACAAUAUUUUACACAGGCACAUUGUAGGCCGAAUCACUUAUUUUCAUGUAAAUGACGUCUAUUUCUCCUGUGAAAGAUUUGUACUUAAUAUGUGUUUGAAAUAAACAAGUUGUCAAACGGG